UGUGCUUCCGUCGCCUGCUGAUUACGUCAGAAAACCUAUCAGCAACGUUCUCUGCAAAAAGCGUCAGUCUGGAAUUGCGAAAAUACGCUUAAUUUUGCACAUUUAAACCAUUCCUUCAGUGGUAUAGCACUUUUUUUUACUACUACAACAAAGGAGCGGGGAGUGGAAAGCGACGUUUGAAAAUGUCGUAUAUGCUACCGCAUCUCCACAAUGGCUGGCAGGUCGACCAAGCCAUCCUGUCCGAGGAGGACCGAGUGCUCGUCAUCCGCUUCGGACACGACUGGGACCCGACGUGUAUGAAAAUGGACGAGGUUCUGUACAGCAUCGCCGAAAAGGUGAAAAACUUUGCCGUCAUCUACCUGGUGGACAUCACAGAAGUGCCUGACUUCAACAAGAUGUACGAGUUGUACGACCCCUGCACUGUCAUGUUCUUUUUUAGGAACAAGCACAUCAUGAUUGAUUUGGGCACCGGCAACAACAACAAGAUCAACUGGACAAUGGAGGACAAACAGGAGAUGAUAGACAUUGUGGAGACGGUGUAUCGAGGAGCAAGAAAAGGACGAGGCCUGGUGGUGUCACCCAAGGAUUACUCCACAAAAUACAGAUAUUGAUUUUUUUUUUUUCGCGUUUGAUUAUCGUUUUUAACAUCUGAUAUAUUUUGUUUAGUUUCAUAAAGUUUUUCCAUUUAUUUAAACCCAAACAAUGUGUUUCUUGGUGCUCAACAAUAAACAAGGCCUCAUUUGUCAUAA